AUGGUCAACUGGAAAGCCAACGAGUCCACCGACCGUCUGAUCGCGGUGCUCAUCGCAGCUCACCCAGGCCUAAAGCUCGAAUACCAAGCCAUGGCCACCCUCUUCGGCCAGGGAGCUACCUACGACGCCAUCGAAGGCCGCUUCCGCCGCUACCGCAAAAUGGCCGACGAAGUCAAAGCCGACGCGCUGAGCAGGGGCAUCACCGAGCUCCCGCGCGGCCGGAACGGCACGACAGGCAGCGCCAGCAGCAGCGUCACGCCUCGGACCCCGCGCGGACCACGCGGAGGAAUCACUAAGCCCUCUUCUUCUACCGGGAGGAGCAGGAAGAGCACCAUCAGUCAGGGAAGAGGUGGUGGCGGCAACAACAGCGACGGCAUGUCGUUCAUGGAGGCGAUCUUCCUCGAUGACGGGCUCUCCGAGGAAGACAAGAAGGUGAAGAGCGAGGCGGCGGAGAUACUAACGGGCCUGGGGGGUAAUUCAGCCGUCGUGCAUGAUUUGACGGGUGCGAGUACGCCCACUGCAUCAUCUGCGUCAAUUGCAUCGAUGAAGAUGGAGGAUGCUGCUGAGAGUUUCUCGUCUCCGUUUGGCGGCGAUGUGAAGCAGGAAGGUCGAGGGAUCGGUCAUGUUGCUGGCGGGGGUAUCGAUGUGUCUGCGAUCGAACAUGAUGAGUUCGAUAUGGCGGGUUUGUACUUUCACGGUCAUGGGGGGUACGACAUGGAUGAUAUCUAUGGUGGGGCAGCGUGA